ACCUCACAUAUCCAGUCGGAUACCUGUCAACACAAUGCGCUCCCUCUGCAAAUGUAAUGACUUUAAGCAGCCUUUCCCUGACGCGCAGCAGCUGCUUAGUUGGGCUGAAACGCUGAUUGAAAUGACCUAGCACUAGUUAUCCCGGGAGAAAAAAGUCUCUAUUAAAGGUUUUAUGUUCAGCGAAGUUGAGCACAGUUCGUCCCUCCUAUUAUCUGCAGCAGACGGACACUGGGAAUGACAGUUGGUGCCGGUAACAGGAUGGAGUGGCUGCUCCAACGGUGCCAUAAAGAGGCCGUGUCCAACUCUGCCUUUCGGUCGCUGCUGCUCAUAUUCUGUAUGCUCCUGGUCCUGACCGUGUCCAUAUAUCCUGGACUGUGGUCUAUCGGGGUCCAGCUUUAUUCAGCCUUCACAGGGAGCUAUGUACCGGGCCACCACUCUGUCCUUCUCAUUAACAGUCCCAACGAGCAGGCGGCCAAGGACAUUGGCAGGGCGAUCAUGGAGAGGAGACUGGCAGCCAGUAUUAACAUUCUCUCCAGGACUUCCACAAUGUACUUUUGGAAAGGUGAAAUCCAAGAUGCAAGUGAAUUUCUGAUGGUUGUGAAAACAAAGACCUCCAGGACCCGACACGUCAUAGAUUAUGUGAGGUCUGUCCACCCAUAUGCAAACCCAGAAGUCCUCAGCUUCCCGGUGGAGGACGGCAGUCUGGCGUACAUGAAGUGGAUGGAUGAAGCCAUCCCAGAUGACUGAGUGAUCAUUAAGUCAAAGUCAAUCUCCGCUCGGCCUGCAGCCAAACACGGAAGCUGACUGUGGACGCACACACACAGGCUGCUGUUUAAACUGUGUGGACUGAAGGGUUCAGGAAAUGGACCGAUAGACAACAGUUAAAACAGGACGGUAGGACUUUUUGUAGUCUUAACCCUUUAUCGGGCAAGUGACUAUUUUG